CUCUCGUCUCUUCCCCACACCUUUCUUCUCCCCAUCCCCGAUUCCCUUCUUUUCUCAGCACCCGAUCCAUCGUGCACGCCGCCCGCUACCGGAGCUCCAACGCGCCUCUCCUCCUCCCUCGUUUCUCUCUCCUCUGCCUCUCAGUUCUUUCUCUUUUCCCUUGUCCAUGAGAAGGAGCACGCAAGGAGCCUCGCCGCUGCUGCCACCACCACCACGGUUGUCUUCACGCCACCGCCGCCUCCGAGUUCGCCAGCCGCUGCUCAGAUCUGCGGGAUCCAUGUCCCCAAGCCGCCGGUGUCCGUCCUCCGUCCCGGAUCUGGCUUGUCCACGCCCUUCGGCCUCCCCUGCGACCAGCGCCGGCACCCUCCCCACUGCCUCGUCUACAUGCGUGAGGACAACGAUGACAGCGCCACCAUCGACCGUCUGGGCCGUCCCUUGGCCUUGCUCGCGUGGGCCGCCGCGUGGGCAAGCCAGUCGUCGCCGGCGGGAGCGACAGUGAACGGGACUACUCUUUGCAUUCUCUCUAUCCCGUCUGCAUCUCUGUUUUCCUCACCGGACUGACGUUGAAUAAUACCAAAUUACAGGGUGUUAUUUGCAUAAGCGAAACGUUUUCUCCUAUAAUCCACUUAAAAUAGGAUGGCGGGUUUAAUUACUGAAAACACAAGGUCUUUUUUGAAAAAAUGUGUGACGUACGACCAGAAGCACUCCGUGCUUUAUUAGUAGGGAAAGAUAUAUACUACUUUUUAGGUAGUAUGUACCAUAUUUUAAGCAUACUCUUUUUUACGUACAGAUAUGUACGUAUUUCAUAAAUAUAACAAAAACUAUGGGCUCGUAUGCAAUUUUUUCAUGUAACUUGUUUUGAAAUAUCUUAUAUAUAGUAUAUGAACAUAUUUAGAAUGAUAAAGUAGUAUAUAAGGUAUCACAUGAUAGUAUAUGAGACAUGUGGGGUAACUACCCCCAGGUGGUAGGAUGGAUUUUCUGGUAAAAGAUUAGGUAAAAGAUUUAGGGGAGAGGGGAGAUUUUCUGGUUUUUUCCAUAAAACCGGCCGUUGGCCUCCUUUGGUUGCCAAUCACGCAAUUCCUAAUUUCAUGCCAUUUUCUUCUUACAAGCGUGUAGCGUUGUCGGUGCCCUUGUCCCCCACCCGCCGCCACAACCUCGCCCGCAUCCACCCCCGCCGCCACUCGCCCCCGACUCGGGCUCCUGCUCCUGAUCGAGGCUACGGUGGCAGGCUCCGUUGAGGUGAAGCGUGUCGAUUCGAAGAUGAAGCGGGUGAUGGAGGAGGAGCGGUGCACGGCGGCGCGGACCGACCGGACGUUCCGACCGAUGCGGCGGAAGGAGGCCCUCGACUCUAAGAUGAAGAGGGCGAUGGAGGACGAGCGGUUCGCGGCGGCACGAGCGGACCCGAGGUUCCAACCGAUGCGGCGGAAGGAGGCCAAGGUGGCCCUCGACUCGAGGUUCAUGGCCCCCAUGCUCACGGACCCCAUGUUCGAUUCUUCAGCGGCGCCGGUGGACAAGCGCGGCAGACGCCGCAAGAAGAGCGCCAGGGACAGGGAGAACCCCAUGCUGCAUUACUAUCUCAGCCAAGAGGAGGGGGACGAGGAAAAGACAGAACAAGAGAAGCUGAUUUGUCAAGAGGAGGAUCAUGAGGUGGAAGAAGAGGAUGGGCUAGAGGAAGAAGAGAGUUCCGGCAGCGAUGAUGAGGAGGACGGCAAUGACCAGUACUCUGUGGGCUGUGACAUCGCUCAUUACUUGUUGGCGAGGCAUGAUGAUACACCUGUGAUUGACAAGGAAACUCACAGGCUUGCUGCUGUGAAUAUGGACUGGGAUCAUAUUAAGGCGGUGGACUUGUAUAUGGUCAUGACAUCCUGUAUCCCGAAAGGUGGGCGAGUUGUAUCAGUUUCGAUAUAUCCAACAGAAUUUGGACUGAAGUGCAUGAACAUUGAGGCAACUCAAGGCCCUUCUGCUCUUAUUGGCGCUGAUGGUGAUGGUGAUGGGGAUGAGGAUGGGGAAGAUGAUAACAACGAUGAUAACGAUGACGAUGAUGAUGGCGAAGAAGAUAGUGACCUUGACUAUGAGACUGAGAACAACAAGCUCCGUACUUAUGAGCUAAACAAACUCAGGUACUACUAUGCAGUUGUGGUGUGUGAUUCUAGUACAACUGCAGAUCACCUAUACACAACUCUUGAUGGUACUGAAUUCUUGAAAACGGCAAAUGUGUUCCACGGACAAGAUGAGCGGUACAGGAUCCGUGCCCCGUCCUACCUGCUAUACAAAUCCUCUUUGCAGUUCUACUCGUACUUUCUUCAUGAUUUUAUGCUGGUUUUGCUAUUCUCUGUGUCAUAA